GAUUAGGCUGUAAGGGGAGCGGAUGCUGUAAGUACUAUUCUUGGGCCAAAGGUUGUUUUGGGCUCUCCCCUGAGCCUACUGAACAUCAGGCCCAAGCCUUGCUGUUACAGUGGUUUGGUUUGAGAAACGGCUUUCCGCGGGAAAACAGUGAAGAGAUCAUAUUCCCCGAAUUUCCUUCAUCUCAGUCGAUUUCUAGGCUAGGGUUUCAGAUUUUCUUCGGGCAAGGCAUUGAACAAAGCGAUUGCUGAAUACAGACGGGAACUGCUCUCUCAUUUGCUGGUGCUUUCGGACAGGCUCUCUCUUCUCUUGCUUCCAUUGAAGUCCGGCAUCGGUUCCAGCUGCAGCAGCUCCUCAAUCCUUCCUUCUAAUUUGAAGUUCGUCAUUUUCCCUCCCCGGCCGCAAAGAUGCCGCUCCACCAGUACCAUUUCAAUGCCUCUCUCUCUUCUUCAUCGCCUUUCGUCGCCCCUCUCUCUGCCUUCAACUCCUCCGCCUCCAGGAACCAGAACGUUUCGCUUCCGCCGCAAAACUUCGGGAUUUGCAGGUGUGUUGCGACUCCUCAGGAAGCGAAGACUCAGACUGCUUAUAAAACCAAUGUCGCUCGCAAUGCCAACAUGGGGAAGCUUCAAGCUGGUUACUUGUUUCCCGAGGUUGCGAGGAGAAGGAAUGCCCAUAAGGAAAAAUACCCUGAUGCCCAAGUGAUCAGCCUUGGAAUAGGAGACACCACUGAGCCCAUUCCAGAUGUGAUAACAUCUUCAAUGUCGAAGAAAUGUCAAGCAUUGUCUACUCUUGAAGGUUACAGCGGCUAUGGGGCUGAGCAAGGGGAAAAAUCAUUGAGAGCUGCGAUUCGGUCAACUUUCUAUGCUCAUCUUGGUAUUGAUGAUGAUGAUAUAUUUGUCUCUGAUGGCGCCAAAUGUGACAUAUCACGUCUUCAGGUUGUUUUUGGCUCUAAUGUCACAAUGGCAGUGCAAGAUCCAUCAUAUCCGGCUUAUGUUGACUCUAGUGUCAUAAUGGGUCAGACUGGGCAAUUCCAAACGGAUGUGGAGAAGUAUGCCAACAUUGAAUACAUGGAUUGCACUCCAGAGAACGGCUUCUUUCCUGAUUUAUCUAAGUCCCCUCGAACAGACAUCAUAUUUUUCUGUUCCCCUAACAACCCCACUGGAGCUGCUGCAACAAGGGAGCAACUGACCGGCUUAGUACAGUUUGCCAAGGAUAAUGGGUCAAUUAUUGUCUAUGAUUCGGCAUAUGCUUUGUAUAUGUCUGAUGACAAUCCUAGGUCCAUAUUUGAAAUUCCCGGGGCGAGAGAGGUAGCAAUUGAGACUUCAUCUUUCAGCAAGUAUGCUGGGUUCACUGGAGUUCGGCUAGGUUGGACUGUUGUUCCAAAGGAGCUUCUUUUCUCUGAUGGGUUUCCUGUUGCCAGGGACUUCAAUCGAGUUGUCUGCACUUGCUUCAACGGUGCUUCCACAGUUGCGCAGGUUGGCGGCCUGGCUUGCCUGUCACCAGAAGGCCUCAAGGCAAUGCACGAAGUAAUUGGCUUCUACAAAGGGAACACCGAGAUUAUAGUGGAUACCUUCAACUCACUCGGGUUUAAGGUCUAUGGUGGGAGGAAUGCCCCAUACGUGUGGGUUCACUUCCCUGGCCGGAGCUCAUGGGAUGUGUUUGCCGAGAUUCUGGAGAAGACCCAUGUAGUAACCACACCUGGUAGUGGCUUUGGCCCUGGUGGUGAAGGUUUUGUCAGGGUGAGUGCCUUUGGUCACAGAGGGAAUGUUUUGGAAGCCUGCAAGAGGUUCAGGCAGCUUUACAAGUGAAAUUACAGAAAAUGUUUGGGAUUAUAAAAGACAUCUGCUUCAGUUUUUAUUUUCUUUUUCCCAUGUACUGGAAUUUGAUAUGGACUAUGGAGAAUAAUGAAAGAGAUCGUUGCAGAAGGUGAAAAAAAUCAGUUCAAAGCAAUUGUCUACCAUCUCCGGAUUAGACGAAAUAUGUGUUCUUCCAGUUAAAGGAUUUGUUACAGUAGUCCGGUGUCUAUAAACACAUCACCAUACC